AUGGCCCUUACAGUCUGAGGGAUUAUAUAUUAACACCAAGCAGAUUCCCUUACACACCCUUGCACACAUACACACACACAUAGGUGGUGACGCCCCCUCACGUAGGCUGCUGGAUACUGUUGUCAUAUACACACACACACGCAGCAGCAGAAUGAUGGCAGAGGCAGAGCUGGUUUGUCACAGCGCAGACAACACACAGUAGAAUCCAAAGGGGGAACGAGUGAUUCUUUUAAACUGAUGGACUCAGAGGCAGAAGGGUGCAGCUUUUCUCCAGUCACCAUGGAGGUGUGGAGCUCCUCUGCAUCCGAGGAGGAGGAAGAAGAGAAGAGCACCUUCAGCUUUGGGGAUGAUCCAGCAGAGGACGAGAAGAAAUGCCUUCAUGGCAAUAACAAUAAUAACAACAACAACAAUAAUAACAACAACAGGGACGGCCUUUGCAGGGAAGUGACACAAGUGCUGUGCGCGGACAGAGUGGGCCAGGUCACCAAGACGUAUCAUGACAUUAAAGCAGUCACCCACCUGCUGGAGGAGAAAGAGCGCGAUCUAGAGUUAGCGGCACGGAUCGGUCAGUCUCUCCUGAAGCAAAACCAAGAGCUGGCGGCGCGCAAUGAAAUGCUGGACGAACAUCUUGAAAUUGCAAAGGAGGAGAUAGCACAACUGCGUCAUGAGCUCUCGAUGCGAGACGACCUCCUUCAGUUCUACGCGAGCACCGAAGAGAUCGAGAACGCGGCGUCCCCCUCACUGAUAAAAAGGAAUGAAUCGUGCAAUUCACUCAGCAACUUCGUCCACUAUGACUUCCUGCACCAGAAACUGAAGGGCCUGGAGGAGGAGAACCACAAACUGAGAAUAGAGGCGAAUGAGCUCACAACAGAGACGACCAACUAUGAGGAGCAAGAGCAGGAGCUGAUGAUGGUGUGUGUGGAAGAGCUCUCAUCCGUCAACAGGCAGGUGGUCGACCUGUCAGAGGAGCUCGCCCGUAAAGUGGAGGACUGCGUGCGACAGCAGGAGGAGAUCAGCUUGCUGCUCGCUCAGAUAGUGGACCUGCAAGCCCGCUGCAUAGGACUCACCCAUGAAAACGAGGAGCUGAACCAGCAGCUGAAUUCCUCCCGUGAGAGUCAAGCAACGCUUAAAUCAGAGCUGAAGGACCUGCGGGACAAGUACUCGCAGUGUGAGGACAUGCUAUUCGAGGCCCGAGAGGACAUUAAAAACCUGCGGAACAAAAGUCUGCCCAACAGCAUGGUGCAGAGAUACACUGCCCUGGCCUCUGUCCUCCCCAUGGACUCACUGGCAGCUGAGAUAGAAGGCACUUUCCGUAAAGGCCUGGACUCUCCGACUCCGUCAGAAUACAAGAACCACCCGUGGCGCGUGUUUGAAACGGUGAAGGUGGUAAACAAGGCCGGGAGGCUGCGGUCUCGGUGCCACUCGCCUGGACUCCCAGGCUCCAGUCCGGUGUCUGCUCGCUCCAGUUCUAACAGCACCCCGAGGACCAGCUACUACGGCUCUGAUAAUGCCAGCUUUACCCUGGAGGAGAAGCCCAGCUCCAGUCACACACAGAAGGAGGACAACAGCACUGUUGGGCCAAAGCGUCUGGGUCAGCCCGGCACACCAGGAGGCCAGGACCUUGAAGCUGCUCUGUGCAGCCUGUCUGUCCGUCAACAGAACCACUCCUCUGAGCGGCCGUUCUUUGAAGUGGAGCGCGAGCGCAAACUCCGUGCCCUGGCAGCAAAUUGUGAGGAGGGCGAGGGCUCCAGUGGCUUCCUGACACCAAACAGCCUGGUCUCCAGCCCGGCAGCAUCAACAGGCACCAACUACUCCAACGGCAGCUCGCGGCAGUCCUGUGGAUCCUCAGGAGGAUCCCGGUCUUACCUGCCAGACCGCCUGCAGAUCGUCAAACCUUUGGAAGGCUCAGUGACUCUACAUCAGUGGCAGCAGCUGGCUAAACCAAACCUGGGAGGAAUCCUUCACCCUCGUCCUGGCGUCCUGACUAAAGACUUCAGGGAGCUCGAGGUGGACAUACAGCACGUCUACAGUCUGAACGACCUGGAGGAGGAUGAACCGGACCUGCCGCACUUCUCUAGAGCACAUGGCAUGGUCGCUCCACCCGGUCCCAACCUCCCUCAGACUUCUCCCACACAUACCAUUACCACCUGCCAAGUCCUCCAACCCUCCCUUCUCAUCCCCUCCUUCUCUACUGGCCUUCACUCUUUCGGCCUGCCGUCUUGUGGGAACUCUGAAUGCUUGAGCACUUCUUCUCCAGCCGAGCAGCAGCAGCAGCAGCAGCAGCAGCAGGAGCACUUGGGCCUGGGAGGUGCUGCUACAAACAUAACCACUUCAUCAUCACCGGGGCUCGUGCAGCUGCUGCAAGAGCAUGGCAUCUCAGCCGCUCCUUAUCCCCACCAUCACCACCAUCAUUAUCACCACCGCCAUGACCAGCGGCAGCACGACAACCGCAGCGCCACAUCUGCAUUCACAGCGAAACAUAAACGCGGAGGCUCGUCACCGGACAAGGAUGCGGGAAGUCACGUUUUUAGCUUGAACCUCGUGGGGAAGCUUCAGAACCUCGGCUUGCACAGAGUGGCGGCCUGGGGGAUGGCGGGCAGCAAGACGGGCCAGGAGAAAUGAGGAGAGAGUCGUCGUCUGAAGGUUCUGAGGGGACGGUUUGCACAGUGACUUUGCAUGGAGCCAUGUGACACAGCGCUGGUGUCUUGAAAACUGAAUGUGCUGGAGCCAUACCUUUGAGUUGUCAGUAGUGUAUAGUUCUGUUCUUUUCUAUGACGUCCUGUACAGUGGAUAAUAAACGGUUGCAUGUGUGAGUGAGCGAGUGCAUGUGUGUGUGUGGGUGGGUGUGUGUGUGUGUGUGUGUGUGUGUGUGUGUGUGUGUUACAUCUUCAUCUCAGGACAAUCACCUCGAUCACCAGUUUGUCUGAUGAACACAUUUCUUUUUACGCAACAUCAUGGCGGGGGGGGGGGGGG